UCUCUUCGUCCCUUUCAUCUCCUUCCCUGGGCUUCUAUAAAAAAACAUCAAAACUCUUCUCUCUCUCAUUCCUUCCUUUUCCAUAUCUCUUGCAUUUCUCCCAGGGAAGAUCGCAUCAGAUCUUCUUCUCCAUCCAUUUCCGUCGCUUCUAUAUUUAUUUCUCGCAGACGGUCAGAUCUCUUUCUUCUACUUCAGAUCUCUUAACGUGAGACUCUCCGUAGAGCUUAGCAUCAGAUUCCCUCUCCAAACGUAUAUUCAUCGUCCUUUCAAAUCUCUUUAUUCGAGUUCAGAUCUCUUGAUAAUACUCUCUACAAGAGUCUCAGAUCUCGUUAUUCCUGUUCGAUCGCUUCCCGAAUUCCUCUGAUCUGAGAUGGCGCAGAUCCUGCUGCAUGGAACGCUCCACGCGACGGUCUUCGAGGCCGAUGGACUCUCGAAUCCCGGCAGAACUACCGGAGCAGCACCGAAGUUCUUUCGGAAGCUUGUAGAAAACAUUGAGGAGACUGUUGGUAUUGGCAAGGGGACAACAAAGGUCUAUGCGACUAUUGAUCUGGAAAAGGCUAGAGUUGGCCGCACCCGAAUCCUUGAAAACGAACCUGUUAACCCCCGCUGGUAUGAAUCAUUUCACAUCUACUGUGCCCAUAUGGCCGCUUAUGUUAUCUUCACUGUCAAAGAUGAUAAUCCAAUCGGAGCAACAUUGAUUGGAAGAGCUCGUGUACCUGUCUCGGAACUCCUAAAUGGCGAGGAAGUGGAUAGAUGGGUGGAUAUUUGCGACAAAGACCACCAGCCUGUAGGAAGUUCUAGGAUUCAUGUGAAACUGCAAUAUUUUGAUAUUUCACAGGACCGUAACUGGGGACGGGGAAUCAGAAGUCCUAAAUUCCCUGGUGUCCCUUACACAUUCUUUCCACAAAGACAGGGAUGCAAAGUCACGCUGUAUCAUGAUGCCCACCUGCCGGAUAAUUUCAUCCCGAAAAUCCCUAUGUCCGGUGGGAAGUACCGCGAGCCACACCGAUGUUGGGAGGAUAUAUUUGAUGCAAUCACUAAUGCAAGACACUUGGUUUACAUCACCGGAUGGUCCGUAUACACUGAGAUCUGCUUGAGAAGGGAUUUGAAGAGGCAAAAGCCAGGAGGAGACAUAACUAUUGGUGAGCUCCUCAAGAAGAAGGCCAGUGAAGGUGUUAGGGUUCUGAUGCUCGUCUGGGAUGACAGGACCUCUGUGGGUUUACUGAAGAAGGAUGGAUUGAUGUGUACCCAUGAUGAAGAAACCGAAAAUUACUUCCAUGGUACAGACGUGCACUGUUGUUUGUGUCCCCGUAAUCCGGAUGAUGGAGGGAGCAUAGUUCAGGACUUGCAGAUCUCUACCAUGUUCACUCAUCAUCAGAAGAUUGUUGUGGUGGACAGCGAGAUGCCAAACAGAGGAUCACAGCAGAGGAGGAUCGUGAGUUUCGUCGGGGGUCUUGAUCUUUGUGAUGGGAGAUAUGAUACACCAUUCCAUUCUAUUUUCAGGACUCUGGACACAGCUCAUCAUGUUGAUUUCCACCAGCCCAACUGUCCAGGUGCUUUGAUCACGAAAGGCGGCCCAAGGGAACCCUGGCAUGACAUUCAUUCCCAGCUGGAAGGACCCAUAGCUUGGGAUGUCUUAUUCAAUUUUGAACAGAGAUGGAGGAAGCAGGGCAGGAAAGAUCUGCUAGUUCAGCUCAGAGACCUAUCAGAUAUCAUCAUCCCGCCUUCUCCUGUUAUGUUCCCUAGCGACAGUGAAACAUGGAAUGUUCAGCUUUUCCGUUCGAUUGAUGGAGGAGCUGCAUUUGGGUUCCCAGAGACACCUGAGGAGGCAGCUCGAGCUGGGCUAGUUAGUGGGAAGGAUAACAUCAUUGACCGGAGCAUUCAAGAUGCUUAUAUACAUGCCAUUCGUCGAGCGAAGGAUUUCAUCUACAUCGAAAACCAGUAUUUCCUUGGUAGUUCGUUCGGGUGGAAAGCAGAUGACAUCAAGGUUGAGGAUAUUGGUGCGUUGCAUCUCAUUCCAAAGGAACUUUCACUGAAGAUUGUCAGUAAAAUAGAGGCAGGAGAGAGGUUCACCGUCUAUGUUGUGGUUCCAAUGUGGCCAGAGGGGGUGCCAGAAAGCGCGUCAGUGCAGGCAAUAUUAGAUUGGCAGAGGAGGACAAUGGAGAUGAUGUAUACUGACGUUGUUCAGGCUCUCCAUGCGAAGGGGCUUGAGGCGAAUCCCAAAGAAUAUUUGACGUUUUUCUGCCUUGCAAAUCGGGAGGUGAAGAAGGAAGGUGAGUACACACCUCAGGAGGAACCGGAGCCCGAUUCAGAUUAUCAAAGAGCUCAGCAGGCCAGGCGGUUCAUGAUCUAUGUUCAUUCCAAGAUGAUGAUAGUCGAUGAUGAAUACAUAAUAGUUGGGUCGGCAAACAUCAACCAGCGAUCGAUGGAUGGUGCGAGGGACACUGAGAUAGCCAUGGGAGCUUACCAGCCAUACCACCUAGCAACCAGGCAGCCAGCCCACGGACAGAUCCAUGGCUUCCGGAUGGAAUUGUGGUAUGAGCACCUAGGCAUGAUCGAUGAAACAUUCCGCCAGCCGCAGAGCGUGGAGUGCGUGCGGAAGGUGAACAAGGUCGCCGAUAAGUACUGGGAUCUCUAUGUAAGUGAGUCACUUGACCGUGACCUGCCGGGCCACCUAGUGAGCUACCCGAUCGGAGUCACGAGCGAAGGACAGGUCUCGGAGAUGCCAGGGACGGAGUUCUUUCCAGACACAAAGGCCCGUGUUCUAGGGGCCAAGUCUGACUAUAUGCCACCAAUCCUCACCACAUAAAUGCAGCUACUGACAUUGAAUAAUCUUUUCUUCUUGUCAUUCUCAUUCACUACCAUCUCCCUCUCUCUUCUUCUUCUUCUUCUUCGUUUUUUCCUUUCUUCUUUCUUUCUGUAGUAGUAGUCAUUUGGGAUUGGGGAAUAAAAUUGCAUCCUUAUGUCUAAUGCUGGACCUGUUGUGAACAAGGCAGCUUCUUAUUGCAGCAAUGUCAGUCUUUGAGUGUUUCUUUUGUACUCUGAGACUGAUUCGUGUCUUGCUGAUGUGAAGAUGUGUAUUUGAAUUAUCUGCUUCUGGAUUAGUAAUUCAGGUAUUCUUUUAGAGCAA